ACCCGAAGUACUACGAGUAUCCAACCGAAGUUACCCGAACUUAGAAUUAGUUUCACUACUCGACUCACUACCGCCGGUUCGACAAAACGACGGACGCGAUUUAUUCGUUGCUGCUCCAACUCAAACUCAAACUUAAAACCCAAAGCUACAUACGUAUACAUAAUACACGAGUGCCAGUGCGAGAACAAGAGACGUGGAGUAGUGACUUCAAAUACUAAACGUUUACACAGUUAUUUUAUUUUAAAUAAUUAAUUAUUUAUCACUCGUACCUCACUUUUGUGGAUGUACGAAAAAUAUAAAUUUUCACGCUCGAUAUUUAAAAUAAAAAGUUAUUAAUUUAAAUUUUAAAUAAUAAUUAUUUUUGAAUUUGAAUUUAAGUGAUUUAGUUUUUUAAAAUUUAAAUGAAUUAAAAUAACAGCCGCGAAAUAUAUAGCGGCUGACAUAUCACACGUUUAACUGAGACGACAUGCUGCGGGUGACGGGAGUAUCAGACAUUUACGGUAAAAAAAAUUGUAAUUGUAUAGAAGUUAACGCGCGAAUUACUGUUGAUUAAAUAAUAUUUUAAUUACAGGAAUUUUAAACAGACAGUGGAAAAUAUAUUAUCUAUUAAAUGUGUCCGAGAGGUUAAAACUCCAGUAAUAUAUAUGUAUGUAUAUAUACAUUUGUGUUGUGUGGUUUUAUCAACACGCGGACUGUAUCAGACCUUAGAUUAGUUUUUUUUUCUUUUUUUUUCUUUUUUUUUUUAUUUAUUUAUUUUAUCGCAACUUUUACGGAAAGUGAAAGGUAAAGGUGGAGUUGAAUCUAUACAUCAACGAUAGUAAAGUGAAGUGAUAGUUAUAUUAUAAGUAUAUAUAUAUAUAUUUGUGUAUAUAUAUAAAUAUAUAUUUACGUACAUAUUGAAAAGGAAACUGGAAUAAGUUUAAAAACGUCAAGAUGCUGAAAUUUAUUCGUGGAAAAGGGCAGCAGCCAACGGCGGAACGUCAAAAAUUGCAGAAGGAUCUUUUUGCAUUUAGAAAGACUGUUCAGCAUGGAUUUCCAAACAAGCCUACAGCCUUGGCUUGGGACCCGAGUCUCAGGCUGAUGAUCAUCGGCACAGCAUCUGGAGCUAUCAAAGUUUUUGGAAGACCUGGUGUCGAAUUUUAUGGACAACAUUCAACAGAAAGUGGCGAGAUUGCUGUUACUAAAAUUAUUCCAUUGCCAAAUGAGGGUCGAGUGGUAUCUCUGUGCGAUGACAAUUCAUUACAUCUCUGGGAAAUUAAUGAAAAUUCUCUUGUCGAGACCAAGUCACUAUCGCUGGAGGGUAAAUUAAAGAAGAUAUCUGCCAUGUGUCUUGAAUCAAGUGGCGACCAUCUGUUACUUGGUACUGAAGGUGGUAAUAUUUAUCUACUUGAUGUCAAGACCUUUACAAUGACUGACAAUAUCAUUUAUCAGGACGUUGUAAUGCAAAACGUUCCCGAAGAUUACAAAAAGAAUCCUGGCGCAGUUGAAGCCAUUGCCGAACAACCUGGACACCCUGACAGUAUCUUGAUUGGUUACAACCGAGGAUUGAUGGUACUGUGGAACAAAGCGACUCCAGGUGCUCAGCAGCUGAUGGGUUUGUUUUCCCGUGCACAGACAUUCAUCUCAGCGCAGCAGCUGGAAUCAGUUCACUGGGUAUCUGAGAAUAGAUUCGUUUCAUCUCACAAUGAUGGAUCCUAUGCAUUUUGGAGCCCUGGAAGUGAUGUUACUUCAGAGCCAACGACACUUUAUGGUCCAUUUCCAUGUAAAGCUGUUUCGAAAAUUCUUGUCUAUAGCAUGCCAGACGAUGAUGAAAUUAUUUUAUUCUCCGGCGGGAUGCCACGUUCGAGUUUCGGAGAUCGACACACCAUAACGGCAAUGACAAAAACCAAGCAUGUCGUUUUCGACUUGACUUCCAAGGUAAUCGACUUUUUUGUAGUAACACCCAAGGUUGAUGAAGACAGCAAAGAUUUGUCAAACUCUCCGGAAGCAUUGAUUAUCCUGGCAGAAGAAGAAGUUAUUGCUAUUGAUCUUACCGAUCCUGAUUGGAGGAUGAUGGCCUUGCCUUAUCUUGUUUCACUUCACGCCAGUGCUGUCACUUGCUCUCAACAUGUGCCCAAUAUUCCCUCUGAAUUAUGGGACUCAGUAAUAUCCGCUGGAAAAUCACAGACGGAACAUUUGUAUUCAAACAAAGAAUGGCCUAUCGAUGGUGGAAUAUUGCUCUGUAAAAAAUCACCAGAAGACGAUAAAGCAAAAUCUCGUGAAUUUUUAUUGACCGGUCACGAAGACGGAACAAUAAGAUUUUGGGAUGCUUCCGAUGUAGCACUCACUCCCUUAUACAAAUAUAAUUCAUCGCUUAUAUUUACUGGUGAACAUCUUGAUGUACUUGAACAGUCUCAAGACGAUGAUGACGAUGACGAUUGGCCGCCUUUUAGAAAAGUCGGUACAUUUGACCCUUAUUCAGAUGACCCACGUCUUGCUGUUAAGAAAGUAAUGCUUUGCCCAUUAUCAUCAACGCUCGUAGUUGCUGGUACCGCUGGUCAUAUUAUCACUGCAAACAUAUCAUCCGAACAAAUAAGCAAAGAAAUAAAAGCUGUGACUAUGAACAUCGUCAAUGAUCGCGAUGGUUUUGUAUGGAAAGGACACGAUCAUUUACCAGUUAGAACAGAGUCCGUCUCAUUUAGCGUUGGUUUUCAACCACAGAGUUUAGUCCAACUUUAUCCACCCGCACAAGUAACAGCACUAGCUAUUCACACUGAAUGGGGACUUAUUGCUGCUGGUACUGCCCACGGUCUCGCAGUAUUUGAUUACAUAAGAGGUAAAUCAGUUACCGUUAAAUGCACACUGAAUCCAAAUGAUUUAUCUGGAUCGGGUGAUACUCCAAUAUCUCGAAGAAAAUCAUUUAAAAAAUCACUAAGAGAAUCAUUCAGAAGACUUAGAAAGGGUAGAUCGCAACGACGACCAAAUGCAAAUACAAGUCCCACGCGAAAUACCAUAACCGUUGAAAAAAAGAAAGAAAUAUCACCAGUGGCAGCAUCACCAAGUGGAGAUUUAUCUCCAGUAGAUAUAAAACCUGUUGAACGACAAGUAGAAGCUCGUCCAGUUGACGAUGCCUUGGGUUCAAUGGUCCGUAGUGUUUAUUUUGCUCGUAGUUUUAUAAUCAGCAUGCAAAACACAACACCAACUCUUUGGGCAGGUACUAACAACGGUACUGUGUAUGUAUUUACGUUGGGUAUUCCAGCUGGAGCAAGGCGUAACGAAGACGACGUAAAUUGCACGCUUGGUAAAGAGAUACAAUUGAAGCAUCGCGCUCCCGUGAUUGCAAUAACAAUACUUGAUGGUUCAAAUGUUCCAUUGCCGGAAGCAUUUGAGGUGGAGAAGGGCGUGACUGCUGGACCGGACAUGACCGCACCUCAUCGAGUUGUCAUUGCCAGUGAAGAACAGUUCAAGAUAUUCAAUCUUCCAUCGCUAAAACCUUUUUGCAAAUACAAGCUUACUGCUCACGAAGGCUCGAGAGUACGUAAAACAGGUUUUGCUAAGUUCACGUGCCCUAUUGAACCCGCGGGUGUACACGAAGAAACUUGUCUUCUUUGUCUUACUAAUCUGGGUGAUUGUCUGGUUCUUGGAAUCCCGGAACUCAGAAGACAGAUAAAUGCUGCUGCAAUUAAACGUGAAGAUAUAAAUGGCAUUUCGUCAUUGACAUUUACUAAAGCUGGAGAAGCAUUGUAUCUUCAUUCAAGUUCGGAAUUACAGCGUAUAUCUGUGUCAGCGACUAAAGGAACGAGAGCACACUGUGCAUUAAAUUUACCACCGAAUGCUCGUUCAGUACCAGAACCACCGACCCCCGCUGAAGAAGUACAAGAUGAGGUUACUGUUGAGUCUCCGCCUGAAAAAGAAACAGAGUCACAGGACAACGAAAGCGCGCCAGCACCGCGUAUUCUUGAAAAUGGUGUUGGAUCAACACAUAGCGGUGAAACGUCGAAAGAUUCAACGCUGAGACCGGGAGCUAGCAGCAAUGACGUCAAUGGUGAAGAUGACCGCCAGGAUCGCAGUUCAAUUGGCGAUAUUACUAUUGACAGUGUUAAAGAUCAUUUACUUAACAGUUCACUUUUUAGAAACGCUACCUCCUCUGAGGAUCUUCACAACCGAUUAGCCGGAUUAAAAAUGGAAGUUACGUCUCGUACAUCUGAAAUAUCGACACAAAAUCAAUCGUUGGUUGUUAAAACAACAACGGUAAUCUCACAGACUUCUAGCAACGGCACUGCCAAUGGUGACGUAGAAACGACUGAAAUGAAUGAAUCCCAACAAGUUAACAGCACUUCGAUAGAACGAGAAAUACGCAGUGGUACUGAAACAACAACAACGCAUGCUACCAUUACACUUCCACCAAAUGUUGAGAUUAGCGCAGCAGAUCUUGCUAAUUUGGAAACCGUUCAGACGACAACAAUAACAACUGAAAAGUCUAAAACACCAGUGACAAGAUCUGAAGAAGUCAGAUCAUAAAUAAAAUAUAAAUGCUUCCAAUUGAUAAAUGAACCAAUUAUUUCUUUUACAUAUUGUACAGUGCUUAUAUAUAUGCACACGUGACAGUAAAAUAAGCUGGACAAAACGAACCCCGAACUGACAAGUGAACAAAAGUGUGUACACAUACGAUAGAUAGAAUUUAUACACCAAUAGAUUAUAUUUAAAAAAAAAAAAAAUUAUAAAAAAAAAAAGUACUCGUGUAAAAAAAAUUCCUUUCAAAAGUUCGACUAUGGAACUUUUAAACAUGACAGAUUACAACUUUUACUAGAACUUUUUUUGAGCUUUUGUAGUUUUGAUAGUAAAUAAAAAAGAAUUUAUCUAGAACUAUAUUUAUAUGAGCGAAUUUUGAGUAAAAAAAAAAUGUGUUUAAGAUACAUUUCUUAAAAUGUAUUUUUACCCUGGUUCUGAAAAAGUUCAAAAAUCUCUAAUUUGAAACUUCGCUUUCUAAUAAAAACUUUUUUGAAACGGGUUUAAAAUGUAGUACGAAUACGUUUUCGAAAAUAUGCCCGGGUAAAAAAAAAAAUUAUAUAUAAUUAUAUGGAAAAUGGCCCAAGAUAAUUACAUAUAAUUAUAUAUAAUUUCUAUAUGAUUAUAUCUAAAAAAAAACUAUUAUAUAUAUUUAUGUAUAAUUACAUUAGGCCAUUAUUUAUAUAUAGUUGUAUAUAAUUAUAUAUUACUAUGUCUAACUAUAUAUGGAUUAUAUGUAAUAAGAUAUAAAUUACAUACAAUUAUAUAUAAUUUCUACAUGAUUAUAUCUAAAAAAACCAUUAUAUAUAUUUAUAUAAUUACAAUAGACCAUUAUUUAUAUAUAAUUUUUUUCCCGCGCAUGUUUUGAAAAUGAACUUUUGUAGAUUGAAAAUUUGCUCAUAUAAAUAAAGUCCUAAAUAAACUUUUUUUUUUAGCAUCAAAAUUAAAAAAAUUUCACUCGAAGUUUUAAUCUGUUCAAAUUUAUAAAUUCCACAUGUCAAACUUUUUUGUAACGAAUUUUUUUUACACAGGUAAAACAAAAAAAAAGAAAACUAGAUUUUUACGCGAAUAUAGUAUUACUUUGUACGCCAUUAGCAUACAAAAUUAAACGGCAAUUCGAACAACGCUAUAAUACAUGAAAAUUAAAUAUUUUCAAUUUUAUUUACUAAUAAUAAUUAUUAUUAUUAACUUUUGUUUUUAUGCAUUUUAAUUAAUUCGUCCAAGUAUAACUAUUCUUAAUUACUUUAAUGACGGCCUAUAUCACCUGUAUACUUACGCAUUUAUUUAAGUAAAAGGUGAUAUGAAAUUUAAAAUUGAAAAAAUAAAAUGUUUUUCCUAGAUCAGUAUUUAAAUUUUCGAGCAGCUCACGAUGCUUUUUAUUCUAUUACUUAUUUUUGUUUUAAUUGCUAAUUAACUUUACUUAAAUUUAAAUAGAUUAAUUAUUUUAUAAGACUUUGAAUAAUAAAUGACAUGCAGGAAUUACAUUGAAAUUAAACAAAUACAAUAAAAUAAUAAUUAACGAAAUCACUUAAAUUUUUUUAGUAAGAAAUAUAUUGUAUUAAAAAAAUGUAUAUUUUUUAUUAAUGUUGCUUAAUAAUUAAGUCUACUUUCUUCUUAUCACUACAGUUACUGAACUGUUAAUCAUUUUAAUUAAAUUCAUGAAAAAUGACUUUUUAUAAAUAAUUAUAAUUAUUGACUGUCUUAAUUUUAAAUUAUCACUAUUAUUAUAUUUUAUGUUUAUUGCUAACGAAUCUAAUGACGUUAUAAAAAUAAUAAAUGUAAUCAUAAUUAAUUUGCAAAAGUAAUCAAUUAGGGGUUACAAAAUAUGACUUAUGUACGCACUAUAAAUUCUUUAGCUUCCACAUAUGCUUUUAAUUAUUUUUUUUAUAAUUUUAAUUAAAAAAAAAUCACAUAAAGGGGGGGAAGAGGGUUUGAGGAAAAAUUUUUAGUUGCCGUUAUAAAAAAGUUUUCAUUUUUUGCGGGCAAAAUGGGGCACCCUCUAAAAAAGGCGAAAAAGAAAAAACUUGAAAAUUAAAUAAAUUUGAUUAAAUCAAAUUUUCUUGUGAGUAAUUUACAUAAAGAAAAAUUAUGACAAUGAAGUUAGCAAACAUUUGGAUUUUUUUUAGCAAAAAAAUAAAUAUUGAAAAAAAUAUUUUGAAAAAUUGCACUUACGGUCUAUCAAAUUUUCUACAUGUGCAUAUUUUUAGAAAUAUUUAUUUUUAUUAUGUAUCUGUUAAAAAAAUUUAUUUAAAUUUCAAAUGUCUGCUAGCUUUUUUGUCAUAGAAAAAUUACAUUUCAUUUAAUAAUGACACAGACGUUAACCGACGUCUGAUAAUUUUUGACGUUUUUUUAGAAAUGAUAAAUUAUAAAAAA